AUGGCUCCUACUUUCGCUUUGAUUACCGGUGCUAACCGCGGACUGGGACUCGGCAUUGUGAAGAACUUUGUUGCUAAGCCAGACCAUAUUGUUGUUGCGGCAGUGCGUGACCCGACACACGAGUCUGCUCAGAAGCUAUCCACGCUACCGACAGCCGAAGGGAGUAGCAUCAUUGUGGUGAAAUAUGACGCCAGCGUUGAGCAAUCGGCGUUUGAUGCCGUUAAGGAGGCCACCGAGAAGGGCGUUGACCACUUGGACUAUGUCGUCGCAAAUGCCGGUAUUGCAAAAAUAUACCCUCUCGUCAAAGAUGCCAAGCGAGCCGAUAUCCUCGAACACUUCCAAGUGAACGUGCUCAGCGCUGUCUCUCUCUUCCAAGCCACCCGCGACCUGCUGAAGAAGUCUACUUUUACUCUCCCCGUCUAUGCUAUGAUAGGAUCCGGAACUGGCUGCCUGGAAAAGCAGCCCAAUAUUCCCAACGCAGUCUACGGCGCCUCGAAGUCAGUUCUCCCGUGGUAUGGCGUGCGAAUCAAUGCCGAGGAAGAAUGGCUUAACGCGUUCGUGGUGGAUCCUGGCUGGGUUCAAACCGAUAUGGGCAACGCAACUGCAGAGGCCUGGGGGUAUGGUACCGCCCCGACCACCGUGGAGGAAUCAACUGGCGGUAUCGCGGAGUUGAUCACCAAGGCGACGAAGGAGCAAUAUGGUGGAAAACUUGUCUCUUAUACUGGAGAGGUUGAAGCGUGGUAG